UUUUCAUGUUAAUUAAUUCAUUUCUAUUUUUUGCGUGCAUUUGGACUGUUUGAACGUCCUCCGCUGACAUGAAAGCUAACGGUUCAAACGCAACACUCCCUGACGUCAGGCCGACAAAGAGACGUGGCAGAGCCGUUGAUCAGAACCGCUGACGGAGCGUCCCGUCCUACAAACGGCAGCAACAAGGAGAAAGAACGUAAGUCACGGUACCUCUCGAACUAAUAACUGGCCCAUCUGGACUGGAAACAUGGCCUCUAACAACGGCUCGGCCGGGAAGUGGGAGGUAGUGAAGAAAGGGAAGAAAAGUAACCCAGGAGGAGGAAAGUCCGGCGGCGGAAACGGGGGAAGGAAAGCCCUCGGAGAGUCUAACCAACCGUCCAGACCACCCAUGAAGAUGUCGGAGACGCUGUUUGACGGUUUUGAGAAGGUGGGAAAGAAGCAGAACAAGGAGCAGGUUCCACCACCAGCUGAACCUCAGAACAAGAAGCCCUCAUCAAAUAAAGCCUCUAAGAAAUCCCAGCCUAGCAAUACAAACACACCUACAACUUACAGAAGCCUGGAAGAAGCCUUCAAAGCUCUGGAUAUCGGGGACCUGAAGCAGCAGUUGGCUUACAGUCAGUCCCUGUUCCCGGAUAACCCAUCAGUCUGGGUCAAAGACCUGGCAGGAUACCUCAACCUGAAACUGACUGCACCAGACAAUGAGCCCACACUCAGCAGCCAUGCUCAUGACUAUCCAUACUGCCUUAUAGGAAAAGAGCUGAGGGGCGUUAUCAAAGGCCUCAUCGGACGUUGCAGCAAUAUUCUGCCUGAUUUUUUCGACUAUUGUGUGUCUACUAUGCUCAGGGAGCUGGACAAACAGCCAGGGGAACCUCUUCAUGGAUACAGAGUUUGCAUUCAGGCAGUCUUACUGGACAAACCUAAAAUAGCCACACAGAGGUUAUCAGAGUAUUUGGAGUUAUUGCGAUCAGUUCAGAAUCGUCCAGUGAAAUGUUUGACCAUCAUGUGGGCUUUGGGUCAAGCUGGAUUCUAUGAUCUCAGCCAGGGCCUAAGAGUGUGGCUGGGUAUCAUGCUUCCUGUGCUGGGGAUAAAGUCCUUGUCAGCAUACGCCAUUGCCUAUCUAGACAGACUUCUCCUACUUCAUACAAACCUGACAAAAGGAUUUGGCAUCAUGGGUCCUAAAGAGUUCUUUCCUCUGCUUGACUUUGCCUUCAUGCCUAAGAACGCCCUGUCACCGAGUUUGCAGGAGCAGCUGAGGUGUUUGUAUCCUCGACUGAAAGUCCUCGCAUUUGGAGCCAAACCAGAGAGCACGCUGCACACCUACCUGCCAUCUUUCCUGUCCAGAGCCACGCCGCACUGUCCGGACGACAUGAAGAGGGAGCUGCUCAGCAGCAUGACAGAGUGUUUGUGUGUGGAUGUGCAGAGCCUUGGAGUAUGGAGACAGCUCUACACAAAGCAUUUACCCCAGUCCAGUCUGCUGUUGAACCAUUUACUGAAGUCAUGGAAUGCUCUACCACCAAAGUUGCGGAAAAACCUUGAAGAAACGAUCCAGUCUUUUAGAGUGACCAACGAAGAAAUGAAAGACACAAAUGAAUCUCAAGACCUCCAAGAGUGCAACAGCCUGUGCCAGAAUCUUCAGAUGAAGAUGCGCGGCCAUGGCUUCCCCUGGUCCAAACUGCUUAUGGUUUUGCUUGUGUUUGCUGCCGGCUUCAUUGCCCAUGACAUCAGGUCUCACGACUCAGUCGCAGAUUCCUCUACAGCCAAGUAUCUCCGCAGCUCGGGAGUCACAGCUGUGUCUCAGCAGGCCUGGAGCAAAAUAACGGUCUACACAAAGCAGGGCUUCAGCUGGCUGGAGAAAAACACUCCUCAUUAUUACUCUGAGUGUGUGAGGGUGUUCGGGCCAGUCAUGGAACAAGGUGUGGAGAAAACAAAAGCAGCAGCUGUUGUCCUUUCUGAAAACACAUCACAGUUUAUCCUAUGGAUCAAAGAAACAACACCGCUGGCCAUAGAAUGGGUUAACACCAACACUCCAGACAGUGUGUUCCAAAUGUUGGCAUAUCUAAAAGAGCUUCUCAUCUUCGUCCAUCAUAACUAUGUCCUCCCAGCACUGAUGUACAUAUCUGAUCUUUUACUACAAGCGUGGACCGACCUGCAGGAUUCCUGCAAUGGGGAGGUAUCAGUGUCGUGUCUUCGGGGACACGCCGUGUACUUCACAAACUCAACAUGGCAGCUGCUCCAACACACAACCUCAGCCAUCAAAUCAUGGGCUCAGGAGCUGCUGACGCGAGCAGGAUAACACAACAGAAUCGAACUGAUUUUACCCAUGCAAUAUAAACACUGUGUGCGGUUAGAUGCUGUACACGCGCACACACACACACACACACACACUCUGGCCUAGCGUGAGGCUGCAUUUCAGUGCAUGGGGCUCCUCUGCACUGGUCAGAUGGAAAUCAACUCCUUCAAAGAGACUUUUCUGUCUUGUUUUCUUGCUCAAUUUUGUAAAUCAGUUUCCUGUUGUAUGGAUGUUUCUACCGAUCUUUUUGUCACUGCUGGAUGUGGAGGUCGCAGUUUUUCUCUCUCCUUUUUCUAUUGCAAGUUCCAGCUGUUGCUUUACCCUCUUGGGAGAUCAAAUGUUAUUUAUAAGAAACAAAUGCAGAUUUGUAGAUUUAUACACCAUUUUUAUUUGAAGAUAAAUGUCUUCUAUAGAAACUUGGUUAAAGGCAAGAAAAAAAGAACCCAAGGCACAGAAGAUCGAAUGACUUAAAGUUUUGAGGACCACUUCAUCUCUGAUGGUUUGUCUCAGCUUUCAUCAUUGGAAAUGUGAACUAUUCUAACAUUUUGGUAGCCUCAUAGCAUAAUUACAAUAUAGCAAUUAUGUUAUGAGGCUAUCAAUUUGCAGGUUUAUUUAUUCCUUCAGUGGGCUUUAAGUGGAUAUUAUAAACUAGCAGAAGAGACCCGCAUCUGUCCAGAAUAACAAAUAAUUGCUUUUUCUUUUACUCUGUUUUAUAUUGUUCUGUUUAUGCGUUAGUUCCUCAAUUUCUAGGCUAAGAGAAGGACUCUAUAAAUUCACUCUUGACAUUUUUAAUGUGUGCUUCAACGGGUUUAUUGUCUUGGGAUCAUGAUCGGUUCUGAAACAGUCAACAUUUCAGUGCAAUUUAUUCACUAAUGGUUCCUUGUGCAGCAGAUUGUAUGAAUAUGGCAGCAAACAGUCUUAAUUUGUGAUGAAAAUCCUUUAUAAUAAAGACUUCGAACUGAA